AUGUCAACGAUUCCCUCGGGGAAUCGUUAUAGCAUACUUGCUGAAGGUAUGCUAAAUUCCCCGAAAGCAAAACGCAAAAAAGCGACCGCGAAAGCACAUUUUCCAGCGCUUCCAGAUGUGAGCACUAACAACAAUAGCACCGAUCCGAAAUUUAUUAUUAUAAAAUCCACUGACGCGUCCAAGCCAUUGUCAAGUUUUAGCGUUUUCGCAAAAAAGAAGGCACUUGAUUGUAUAAGCACAGAGUACCUGUCAGUGAGUAUUCUCCGUGAUGACAGCUUACUUAUUCUUGCAAAAUCCCUCAAAGUAGCUGAAAAGUUCAUUAAAUGCAAAAACUUUGGCGGACUAUGCCCUAUCUCUGCCAACUUCCACGAUUCCCUAAAUACUUGCAAAGGUACAAUUUUUGACAAAAAUCUGGCACACACCGACGAACAAGAAAUUCUAGAAGCUCUUAAACCACAAGGCGUUGUGGCUAUAUACAAAUUUACCAAAACUGUUGACAAUGUAAAAAUUCCAACAGGCAGAAUCGUGCUUUCAUUUAAUUUGUACAAAGUACCUCAGUCGAUCGACAUAGCAUGGUAUUCAGUGAGAGUAGAAGAGUACUUUCCUAAUCCUAUGAGAUGUCGCUCAUGCCAACUGUUGGGUCAUACUAUGAAAAGGUGCAGCAACAACUCCACCUGUGAAAGAUGCAACUUCCCCCCUCACAAUGACUUGCCUUGUUUACGAACGAUGUGUGCCAACUGUUAUGGCCCCCACCCUGCCUCUGCUAAAGACUGCCCAAAGUACUUGCAAGAAAAGGAAGUACUAAAAAUUAAAACUCAAAAUAAAUGCAAUUACCCUGAAGCUAGACGCCUUUACAAAAUUCAAAAUCCCAUUAACGUGAAUCAAGAUCAAACAUAUGCAUCAAUUCUAAACUCAACACAAGCCGCUCAACACAGUCUCUCACAAAACCCGACCGAUCUCACUUCUUCAGUCGGUAACUCAACAGGUAUCCCCAAACCACACAUCUCUUCUAUCCAAUCUCACUCAUACCAACCGAACGAGUCACUUUCUAGUGCUCACUCACACUCAGUUAAGUCACUCACUCACGUUCAUACAUCGGCAGCAGCCAACACACAAUCUACACAACAAUCUCUCCCAACUAACUCAUUCACACAGCUCACUACAACUCCGGCUGCAAACUGGAGCUCUAUUUCUCAAGUGCAUCCCCAAAACUCACCACCUGAACACUCAUUAGACUCUAAUAAAAACAAUAGCAAUGAGAUUAAUACAUCUCUAACACACAACGCUUCCUCAACUCAUACUUCUAAUGACUACUCUACAUCUCUUACAUCCUACAACUCAAACUUUGAAUCCACCACGCAACCUGACUCCAUUCUGCACUCUCUUCUCAACACAAUCUCUGGUACACAUAAUGACGAUAUGGAUAAUGAUCUUCAAGAGCCCACGCUAUAG